CGUUUAGAAACCGAGCUAAACUUGUUAUGUAUUAGUUGAGAUUACAUAAAAUCAACGAUAGCCUCAGGCAGAUAGACAACAUUCUACACAGAAUAUUAGUACACCCACUGCUUUUUCAGCGAGGCAUUCGAGGGGCCAUUGAAACACAAUCUGUCGACAGAGAACCUAUGCUUUGAGUCUGAGACUAGAGAAUCUGGUCUCACCCGCUUCUUUUGAGCCAGGAGCAUAACAACAUGCAUAAACAAUGAAGGGAUGCAUAGCUUUAUCCCACAGCAGUUAUACCUAGCAAAUCUCUAGAACCUGCCCAUCUCGUGCAGCUUCUAAUAGCUGUUGCAAUUGGCCAUGCUUCCCCACCGCGUAGAUCGGCGGUCCGGCCAGGUCUACUCAGAGAGGAUCUCGACUCGGGCAGGGGCCAACUGGCAAGGUCCGUCUUGGGUCCAUGAGACACCCUUUCUGCCCAGGGGUUGGGAGGAAACAAAUGGAACUGGGGCGCCCACGCUGAAGCACUCCGCAAUGAGGCAAGCUCUAUCGGACCAAAGGAAUCUGACGCCACAAUUGUUUGCGAGUAUACCGUGGCCCAUUGCUCGUUAUCUGUGGGACUGUCUUGGGAGAAGGUAAGCUACCUUAGUACCGCGUCUGGAAAUUGAAAAUAACAUUCAUGCUAAAUCACCGCGUAAACUCAGUCGCAAACGAACGCUCUACAUGUGGAAACUGUUCGCGACUGCGUACCCGGUAGAAUUCCGGCAGAUCUCCCAAUAUCGAUCAAUGAAGAUAGAAGGGCCUAGACUGGCCAUGCGAGACUAUCUGGAGCUGGUGAAGAGCGAUUCCCUGAAAUGGCAGGUGGUCCUAAAUUUGGCUACUUCGUUCGCCAGAGUGCCUGAGCUAGUGGGCAUAUCUAGCAUCCGAAACCUUGCUGCGUUGGAAGUUGCCACGCCUCGGCGGGCUGAAACAACCCCUGCAGACGCUACAGAGACGCCUGUGACGGCGUUGAGUGAUCGGAUCAUCCGAAGUUGGAGUGAGCUGGCGCAGACUUCGGGCGCAUUCGCACACCUUCGGGUUCUCAAAUUAUGUCAUCAGGACUUGUCGGGUGUUGUAUUGCGUUAUCUGCGCGCCUUCCCAUCCUUGCAAGUCAUUGUUGCGUAUGGCUGUCCAGGUAUCCACUCCAUGGUUACUGAUGGCUUGGAGAUAGACGGAUGGGAGUCUCGACCAGGUCAAGAUAAGCCACCAGCACUCUACGAAUUAUACCAAGCUAGCCUGGACGGAGAACCACCGGUUAUGGACCAGGGGAGCCCGAUUCUCGAUUUCCAGAUAGGCCAGACUAACCAAGAAUCCAAGAGAGUUCCCACAAAGGCAAAAACUCUAUAUUUAAACCGCACGAAAGCGGCAAAUCGGAUACCCACCGAGAAUCUGGCGCUACAUAUACCGGCGAAAAGGCCUAAAGAAGAGGUCUCGGCCGCCGGUGAACCACAGAGACGGUCGGGGCCGAAAAGGGCUGUGAUGAGAGACCGCAAAGCCAAGGACCUCGGAGAAAUCUUGGGGAAUUUCCUCUAAGUGAGCGGCUGGCAGGAGUGUGGGAAGCCAGAAAUGGGCUUAUGUGCUAGACGUCACUGCAGGAGGGACUGGCACAGGUCACAAUGAUUGGCUAUUGUUUGUCGCUGUGGGAAAUACUGUAUCCAUAGG